UAUAAAAGCAAACUAAAUUAAUUGCUUUUAAUUAGUAUCAUAGUUUGACACAAAUCAUUAACAUGCUUCGUAUUGUAACUCUUUUCUGUUUGGUCCUUUCAGUCCUUGCUGUUGGACCUCAAAAUUUCAAUGUUGGUAAAAGGCAAGCUGGCGAUAAAUUAAUUUGGGCUGGAAAAGGCAACCAAGUAAUUGAUUUUGCUAGAGCAAUCACAAUGGAAGUGCCAUUCCCACAGGAGGACAAAACUAAUAACGCAGUUAUUACUCAAAUUUCAGCUAACACAGUCCUUGAUGCAGGAAACUCACAGUUUUCUAUUCAAAGUGGUGGAGUUGGACAAAAGAAUGUUAAUUUAAAGAUUGUUACAAAUGGUGCUCAUAAAGUUACUUAUAAUGUUGCAAUUUAUGGAAAGUAAGAAAAACAAAAAAUGUUUAAUUGAGAAAUAAAAUUUGAUUGCUAAUAAUA